GGCCCCAGGUUUCGCUGAAGGAGACGGCCCCAGGUUUCGCUGAAGGAGACGGCUCCAGGAUUUGCUGAAGGAGACGGCCCCAGGAUUCGCUGAAGGAGCGGGCACUUCCCUUCCUGAGCUGCUGUAGUUGCAGGCUGUGGAGCGGAGUGUAAAUAUACCGACCACAUAGAUGGAAGAUCUUCUCCUGCCUCAUCUCUCUCAUCGAGUCUGAAGAAACAAAUACAAUCACAAGGAAAAUCCUGAAACGAUCCGUAACGAGGAGUUUGGGGAUAAAAGUGCCGCCACUCGCAGCCGAGGAACCCCAAUCUCCGGUGGAUAAAGUGUUUAGUGAGCAAAAUAGAAACAUUCAUAGAAAUUUGAGGUUCUGGAUACUUUGGAUCCAAUCUCGGCCGUACAGAAAUGGAUCAAACAGAGAAAACCUUUCCGUGUUCCGAGUGCGGGAAACGUUAUACACGAAUAAGAUAUCUUCGGAUACACGAGAGAAUUCACACUGGGGACAAACCGUAUGCGUGUUCCGUGUGCGGGAAACGUUUCACCACACUGGGACAUUGUAAUAGACACGAGAAAAUCCACACAGGGGAGAAACCGUUUAUAUGUCCUGAAUGCGGAAAAUGCUUUACUAGAAAGUCAGAGCUCACUCUACACGAGAAACAUCACAUAGGCGAGACGCCAUUCGUAUGUUCUCAAUGCGGGAAGUGUUUUUAUACAAAACAGCAUUUCAAGGAACAUGAGCGAUGUCACACGGGAGAGAAACCAUUCACGUGUUCAGAAUGCGGAAAAUGUUUUACUACAAAGCUUGGGGUCACUCAACAUCUGAGAAUCCACACGGGAGAGAAACCAUUUGGGUGCCCCGAGUGCGGAAAAUGUUUUACCAUAAAGUCAAAUCUUCUCAUACACGAGAGAUAUCACACGGGGGAGAAGCCGUUCGCAUGUUCUGAAUGUGGAAAGUGUUUCUAUACACAACAUCAUCUCAAGGAGCAUAAGCAACGUCACGCAGGUCAGAAACCCUUCGCGUGUUCAGAAUGCGGGAAAUGUUUUGGCACAAAGUCACACCUGAGCACGCACGAGCGAACUCACACGGGAGAGAAGCCAUUCGGGUGCUCUGAGUGCGGAAAAUGUUUUAACUCAACGUCAAACCUGAUCAGGCAUCAGCGAAUUCACACGGGGGAGAAACCGUUUGAGUGUUCGAAGUGCGGAAAAUGCUUUAUCACGAGUGACUGUCGGAAUAAACACGAAAGAACACACAUCGGGAGCGGGCAAUUAGAAUAGAGAAAUGACAGGAGAUGAACAAAA